UUUACUGCUGACACCAUAGGAAAAUAAAGUAUUUUUGUUAGCAUGGUGCAGUUUAUCAGUAGUUCAGCUGUCUCCUGGGUUUAUGCUGCCUGGGAUAAAUGGAAAAAAUAAAUCUCACUCAAAUCCUGUGUGCGUUGCUUGGAAGUGUAAACCUUUCUUUAAGAUUUUCUAGAGCUGAAAAUCCUGAUAAGGCUGACUACAUGAAUGGUUAGUGGGAGAAGUUACUUGCUGAACGUCACUUGCUGUGUUUUGACAGGCAUAUUUGUAGGCAUUGAAAAACUUGUUUUCAGGAGAUGCAAUUACAAUAUUCUACCCUUUGUGAGGCGCAGUGAAAAGUGGAAUGCAGUCUAUAGGUAUAAACUGGAAAAUCUAGGCUGAGAAUAUUUACCAAAUAAAGUUAGAUUUCUCCCUUCCUAAAGAGUUUUGGAUUUGCUAUUCUACUGUAAAGAGUUUCCCUUCCUUUUUUGCAAGGCCAGCCUUGUAGUGGAAAGUGUAAGUGACAUUUAACCAAAUUGCUGUAAUGCAUUUCUUACAGAAGAGCAACUAGUUUAUAGCAGAUUAUGAGUUUAAAACAUUUUCUUUCUUUACAGAUAAAGCCUUGUUCAGAGCUAUCAUUUCCUGUCAAGAUCUACUUCUGUGUGACUAUUUUGUCUCUGCUGAGUGUAAUAGGGCUCACCAUAGAGACGCUCACUCAACAAACUGAGGAAGAUUUCACCAUUUCUUUUAUACAGUUAGUUGGAGUUGUGUUCUGCGUAUACUACGUGACUAGAGGAAUUCUGCAGGAGAAUCGCCAGGAGCUUGUUGUCUUUGUUCUUUCCAUCUUGCUAGUGAUGUUCCGAUCCACUGUCAACUUCACAGUUCUCUCAGCUGAACAGAAGCCAAAACUCCUGGCUCGCUUCAUUCUGAUUCUCUUGGUUGGCUCCUUUGAUGUGAUCUGUGCCAUCAUCCUCAUUCAGAGUCAAAGCAUGAUGGCCUUCCGAGUGGGUGGUGCUCUAGAAAGCCUACAGUCACAAUACUUCAUGCUGAACCUUUGUUUUUCCAUGUUGACCUUUGAUCUUCAGGCACAGCUCUGCUUGUGUGUUCUGCUCACAAGCCUGCGUGAGAUCACCCUUCUACAUAACAUCAUCUCAGCAGCGGGAGUCCUUUGGGCGUGCCUGAAAGUGACCAUUAGCAUCAUCGCAAUUCUAAAAGAACUGAAACCUCUGGUGUGGAUUUUUCUAAGCCAGAAUGUACCUGAAGUAGUUUAUCUCAUCUACCUGCUUUACAUGGUAAUAACAAAGUGGGGCAAAAGGAAUUCUUACACUCUGGAAGCUGCUGUCAUUACUGGCUCCUGCAUUUCUGUUGCAAUAAAAUCUGUUUUGUUUUGGGCAUUGAUUCGUGUCUACCGCAGCUUUGGGCAGGGGCUGAGAGAAAGAAUGUUUUCUUCCUAUGGAAGGAUUGACUCCUGAGCAUCCCCUUGUGCUCAGUCUGCAGCUCUCAUAGAGUGAAGUCACAGCUGUGAAAGUUCUGAUCAUGUAUUUGCAUUCAAAAUAUAAUAGGUGAGUUUUGCUGAGAUAGGGCUCAGAAGAGCUAGCCCAAAAGGGGGCAUAAAAGCUACUCACCUUUUUG